AUUAUUCUCUGUGUGUCUUUCUCUACUUCUUUCCCUUUCCCCAACCCCUCAUACGUUACUCUUUAAAUACGCACCACAUCUUCACGUGCCUCUCGGUUCUUCAGUCCAAACAAUGGCCAUGGUUGAGCUCUGGUGGAUUACGUGCUUUCUCUAACUACUGUUUUCCACACUUAACGAACCAGAACACAGUGAGAAAGAGAUAAUGGCGGUGGAGUACACAUGCUGCUCAACGGCCUUCUUCGUUCACAUACUGGUCAUCGUGCUGCUCGUGCUUUUCGCGGGCCUCAUGUCGGGCCUCACCUUGGGCCUCAUGUCGCUCAGCCUCGUUGAUCUUGAAGUUCUUGCUAAGUCUGGUACUCCUCAGGAUCGUAAACACGCUGAGAAGAUAUUACCAGUUGUCAAAAACCAACAUUUAUUGCUAUGUACUCUGCUAAUUUGCAAUGCUGCAGCCAUGGAGACACUUCCUAUUUUUCUUGAUGGCCUUGUUACUGCAUGGGGCGCUAUCCUAAUUUCUGUGACAUUAAUUCUUUUGUUUGGUGAGAUUAUACCCCAAUCAGUUUGUUCUCGGUAUGGUUUGGCUAUUGGUGCAUCAGUGGCUCCCUUUGUCCGUGUGCUUGUAUGCAUAUGUUUUCCAGUUGCCUAUCCAAUUAGUAAGUUAUUAGAUUUUUUGCUGGGCCAUCGACAUGAAGCCCUAUUCCGUAGAGCUGAGUUGAAAACACUCGUAAAUUUGCAUGGUAAUGAGGCUGGAAAAGGGGGGGAACUGACACAUGAUGAAACAACGAUCAUUGCCGGGGCACUUGAACUCAGUGAGAAGACGGCGAGUGAUGCCAUGACUCCUAUAUCUGAAACAUUUACUGUUGAUAUUAAUUCAAAGCUUGAUAGGGAACUGAUGAAUGAGAUAUUGGAGAAAGGGCACAGCAGAGUCCCAGUCUAUUAUGAGCAGCCUACAAACAUUAUUGGACUUGUACUGGUCAAGAAUUUAUUGACAGUUCAUCCAGAAGAUGAAGCACCCAUGAAGAGUGUAACCAUACGCAGGAUUCCAAGGGUUCCAGAAAGUAUGCCACUUUAUGACAUUUUGAAUGAGUUUCAGAAGGGCCAUAGCCACAUGGCAGUUGUUGUCAGACGGUGUGACAAGACUAACCAACAAUCUUCCCAAAAUAAUGCAAAUGACUCGGUGAGAGAUGUUAAGGUGGAUAUUGAUGGUGAAAAGCCUCCCAAAGAGAAAGCUUUGAAACCCAAGAUGCCACUCCACAAGUGGAAAAGCUUUCCAAAUACAAACAAGUCAUCAAAUAGGGGUUCUCGGAGCAGAAAAUGGUCAAAAAAUAUGUACUCGGAUAUUUUGGAGAUAGAUGGAAGUCCCCUUCCAAAGCUCCCUGAAGAAGAAGAAGCCGUUGGAAUUAUUACCAUGGAAGAUGUCAUUGAAGAGCUUUUACAGGAGGAGAUCUUUGAUGAGACAGAUCAUCAUUUUGAAGACUCAUAACAGUGGCUUUUUUCCAUAAAACCUUCCAUGUUCAUAUUUCUUGUUUGGACCUUAAAAAUAAUUAAAUAGAUAAUGCGGUUUAGGGUUGAAAGCUGCUGUAUAGAGAUCUGAGUUGUGAUUUGGAACGUGUAAGCCAUUAUCGUUGAUGAAAUGCAGGGACCAGACAGCUGUUUUUGAGAUGUACAUGCGUGUCUCUAUCGCAAUGACGCAUACCAGCAAGGCAGCAAAUCAUGGUUUGUUUUUUAGUGCGCGCGCGUUUUCCUCCUUUCUUUUGAUUAAUUGAUACCUACUUGUAUGGUAUGAA